CAACGUCGCAAGACACGUAAUAUUAUAUACGCUCCGCAUUUUUAUGUACAAUUACGCUGACGUAUAUGUAAGGUAGGGUAGUUAGUGAUCUGUAUUGUGUAAGGAAAGACGUUUUAGGAGAAUGAACUGGCCAAUUUACUUGAUAGGUGGCGCACUAUCAGCCGUCUGGUUGCUAUGGAGAUACAAGAACAGGAGGAUGAUACAGAUGGGUAACAAGCUGCCAGGUCCACCCACGAUACCACUUUUAGGGAACGCGCUAAUGUUCAUGUGCCAACCAGAAGCUUUUAUCAAAGUAUUAAAAGAUUUGAUGACAGAAUACGGAAAUGUGUCAAAAUUCUGGCUCGGUCCUGAUCUGAACAUCGUUAUCAAUAAUCCUGAUGACUUGAAGCUACUAUUGUCAAAUACAAAGACCAGUGUGAAAGGGCCGCAAUACAAAUACAUGGCUGAUGUCCUUGGUGGAGGAAUACUGAGCGGUUCUGGCCCAAUAUGGAGACGGCACAGGAAGAUAGCGAACCCUAACUACGGCAAGAGAGCCAUUGAAGGAUACAGUAAAGUAUUUAAUGAAGAAGUCGAUCUCUUGCUGAAGAAGUUCAGAUGUAUGCCAAGGAAACAAUUCGAUGUCUACCAGCAGAUUGUGAGGACCACUAGCCAUGCGGUUUGCCGAACCCUAAUGGGUUUAACAAAAGAACAGACUAUGAAGUUGCCACAUAUUGAAGAAUUGAUCGAAACAAGUCCAAGCAUCUACGAGGUAGUAUUUCGAAGGAUGACGAAAUGGUACAUGCAAAUCGACCCUGUUUUCUGGAUGUCUACUGACUAUUAUUUCCAGAAACAUUUUAUCAAAAUCAUGACAGACUUUUGUGAAGUUAUACUGCAACAUAGAACGGAGAGGCUGAGGACCCUGGAGGACAGUAAGAGGGAGCUGAUGAAUUCUGAGGACGACUCAAGUGUUAAUACUGAACUCAGUGUCAUUGAUAGAUUCCUACUCUCCCAGGAACUCAAUAAGGAUGAACUGGUGCAGGAGACUUUUACAAUAUUUACUUCGAGUCAAGAGGCGACAGCAAAAAUAUCGUCUUACGUUCUCCUUAUGAUGGCUUAUCAUCCAAAAUGCCAGGAAAAGCUCUACGCAGAAAUAAAGAGUAUUAUCGGUGAUGAGGACAGAUAUGUGACUGAUGAUGACUUGAAGCGUAUGCCGUAUCUAGAAAUGGUGUUCAAAGAAGUGCUGAGGCUGUACCCAAUAGGAGCUAUUUUGCAGAGGACGGUCAACGAAGAUAUUGCUAUAAGUGACUACACUCUUCCCGCUGGUUGUUCUUUGGUGGCACCCAUAUUCCACUUACACAGGGAUCCUAGAUUCUGGACUGAACCUGAUCGAUUUGACCCAGAGCGUUUUAACCCUGAAAACGUGAAGACACGCAACCCUAACGCUUAUAUACCAUUUAGUUUGGGUCAAAUGGACUGUUUGGGACGAUUCUUCGGGACUAAAUUAGUGAAAACAAUUUGUGUUCGAGUACUGAGAGAAUUUGAACUUUCUUCAACCGAAACUUACGAUGAUCUACGUGUAGCUAUAUCUAUUUCAGUCGUAUCAUUAAACGGUUAUCCUAUCAUCUUGAAUCCGAGAAAGACUAAAAAUUAA